GGGGAAGUUAUGGAAGUUGAUGAAGCGAUUGAGUACAGGUGGGCUUCGCGAUCGAUAUCAAAUAGACAAGGCCGCACCUCCUGUACCAGCCAUCCCAAAGGAAUUGUUGCGCAGCACCGCUCAGUCCACCGCUGCACGACAGACAGACACGCUCACUCGCAUCAUGACGUCUCCGGAACACACAGCCCAUUCACACACUACGAUGGUUUCUCCGACGAAGCAAAGAAGUGGGUAUGGCCCUCGGCCUUCGACUGCUCCUAAAUCAUUUGCAUCCUCAAAGUUUUUCAAUAGGUCGCAAUCUGUGCGAUCCUCAACGUCCUCAUAUGGCUAUGAAAUUCCACCACUACCACACUUUGCGGAUCAACACAUUCUAUCCCCUAAGGAACUGCAUCAAUUUGACAACAUAGACGAGGCUGUUGCGUCCCCAACGCCUAAGCCCCGAAAAUCUGUUCCUCGUCGAUCAAUGUCUGGCCCGGCAGAUCACCCGGCAUCGGCUCGAUCGGAACACCAGCCCCUUCCCUACCCACCAAGGAGGAUGGGUAGCAACGAGAAGGAUAGCACAUCUCCUCUUUCUCGUCCUGCAUCUCCCCCUAUUCCUUCCUUCUCUACCACUGAUCCUAUAAACGCUUUCUCGCCCAAAAGCGCCAAAGACGGUGAUAAAAGGCCAGUUCUCUCGUUACCUCUUCCCGAAUUUGGCCAGUCUCCUCCACCAAGACCAACCAGGAGCUCUCUGCGGCCAGGCCGAAACCAGGUGCGGUCCCCAUCUACGCCUUCUCCGUCGUCUCACAAGACCGCUGAAGACGAGGACGAAUCGACUGGGCUGAAUAGAAACCGGGCGUCAUCUGGAGCGCAUAGCAAUGCUUCGACAACGAAACAGAGGCCAAGGUCGAAUUCGUUUGGUUCAACGCCUCGCAAGACCGAACAGUCUCCCGCUCGAUCACCUCUUACUUUCCGAGAGCUCAGUACUCCUCGUCGAGCGCCGCUCAGUGAUAAAGAGAAAGCUGAUAAAUGGGAUGACCUGCUUGAACGCAGUGCGCGAGCAGGAGGCACGCUUCACCUGGGUGGAGGUGAUCUCAUGUCGGACCAUUUGCGAUUCUCAAAUUAUUCUGAGAUUUCCUAAAGAAAAGUCAUUCAACUCCGUGGUCAAAUACUUCUGAUAUACCCGUCAACAUAUACCUGCCUCCAGUGCAUCUACGAACAUCGCCCAGUCUAAAAUUCUUUUUACAUGCAUCAUACUCUUUUACGCUGGCAUUAUAAUGAGGUUAAUUGUUGCUCUAUUUUUCUGGACGAAGGCAAAUCAACAGCCCAUCUCCCUCCAUCAUCAGUAAUGAUCUGCUGUCUAUUAGACCGAAAAUAUAGAUAUGUUGAUAC